AUGGGGGCAUCGGAGAGCACACAAGUGCCCAACUCUAUCCCGCAAGGUCGGGGGCUAGUGGCGCACAUUGACAAGUUUUGUCGUCUGGGAGAGGGAGGUUAUGGAGUUGUCUACGGAGGGCAUCUUUCCCCUUCUGGGCAACCUGUCGCGGUAAAAGUCGUGCAGCGCCAUCACUCUCUGUCUGCGUGUGAAGACGAGGGUUUGAACGACACGGAGGCUGCAGAGGCAAACUUGGGAUACCGCCAGGGGAGAAGUGAUUUCUUGAGUGACCCAGAGGGUACUACGGAAGCAGGCAAAAAUCUGAACGCGCAACACUCGAGCGAUCUAGAUGAAAAGCAUCAUGAACAUGUGGAGCAUGUGAACCAGACCGAACAACAGAGUGGAGCACCUGCAGAAGAGAAUACGGGGGCAGAUACGAAGUUCGAGAAGAGCAACGACGGUGACACAUGCACUGACACGCCGCGGCGUCUUUCGUCAAAACAAAGCAUAACGACUCAAGGCAGUCUCUCGGCUCGAAGUCCGAAGAACAGUCACGAGUUUGUGACUUUCUCGACUUCUCCUCCGAAGUCAAUCUUCGAAUCCCCUCAUCUUCUUCGCGUGUAUGGGAUCUACCUGUGUCUCCACACUGGACAGCUGUUCACUGUCAUGGAGAGGCUCGAAGGUCCGCCACUUCGCGCCUAUCUCCUCGAAAGACACGCCGAAGAUCUUCCGACGGAACUGGAAGCAUUCCAAAUCGUUUUUCCGGUUCUAAAGGGACUUCAGGAGUUCCACGAGAAAGGAUUCAUCCACGGGGACAUAAAAGUGGAGAAUUUAAUGUUUCGGCACUCGCCUCCGAACCUAGAGGCUCUCACGAUCGUCGACGUCGAUACACUCCUCCCUCACAUCCCGGGUGCCGACGGCCUGACGCAUCUUCCGGUCAGCUGUCCAGCUCUAGAAAAGCAGGCUGCGAAAGAGAAUGGGGUGGGAAACCCGUCCUUAUUGGCGAGGAGACAAUCCGUGCUGUCUCAACGAAAGAGCCGAAACUUUGAGGGUACCAAGAAUCCGUUGAGCUGGGCCUUCGGACACUCUAUUCCAGGGGGCAAUGCAGACGCGUCCACGGCUCGGAAUGGAGCUGGAGAAACAGUCGCCUGUUCGAAGGCAAUGGAAGAAAAAGAAGGGAAACCUUCGGUGAAAGAAGUGAUAGAGCAAGGGAGUGUAUUUGCAGCUUGUGGAAAAGGUGCAGGAUGCGUGGGCUGCAGCUUCACUCCCCAAUACGUCCCAUUUGACAUCUUUGUCGAGAGAAAAUUUUCACCCUACGUUGAUGUCUACGCCGUCGGUUGUGUCCUCUACUUGCUCAUGGAAGGAUGCUUUCCCCAUGAGCCAGGAUAUUUUGCCAGUAAUGGCCUCUUGAACAUUGGAGUGACAAGCAGGUUGGGAGCAGAGCCAGUUUUCCAUCGAGCGAAGCGACAAUACUCGGCAGUUUGCGAGAACUUCAUGAGGCGCCUGCUCCACAAGAACCGGAAGUAUCGGAUUUCAGACGCAACAGAAGCUCUGCAGCAUCCGUGGAUUGACUACAUGGCUUGGUUGUUAGCGAAAAAAAAAGAGGAAGAGGAAAACUACCAAGUAGUAGACGGGACAACGGGAGAGAGGGAGAUUUUGAUAGAAGAGAAAAGAGAAAGCGCACACAGAGGGAACCACGUAGAUAGAAAGGUGGGCGAGACCGCUCUCUCGGUAGCGAUCGAAAUCAACGAGGCCGGGGAAGGAUCCGGGUUGAAAACGAGCGCGAGCGAUCCAUCGUCAGCCGUAGAUGCACGAGAGUAAAAGGCAGAAAUCCAACAGGCCUUGCAUGCAACGUGCUUUGAGGAACACUCCGCUGCUGCGUCUCCAAAUUCAACAGCUGCAGGCACAGACUCAGAAAAUGCAGAUGCGUGGAGCCCGGAGUCGUCCCCCAUUGGAGCGGAAGAUUUUGUGUCUGCGCAGCAGUCUGUCGGCCCCUCUUCUCCUGUUGGAUUUGAGCUCUUUCAACGUUUUCCGUCUCUCCUCACGGAGGGUGCACACAAAACUCACGACGACCGCCCCACUCAAGAGACGCGUUGUCUUUUUUUGAGCUCGAAUCAGGCGAUCUGCGGCCCUCUGGAAACAGCUGUAGAAGAGGCUGAGGAGACGUUUCUGCAGGCAGAGGAUUCUUGGCAGCUGAAGGACCCGGGAAACGCCAAUGGUGCGACGGAUGAGAACCUAGAAACGAUGGGGCUAGACAGGGAUGCACCAUGUAGAGUGGAAACGAAAGGCGGGGGUUCCAGCGUUAAGCUAACCCAUCGGUAGCGGGACUAGUCGGCGCAGAGGAUGCAGCAGGCAAGCCUGACAAACACAGCGAGUUUUGGAAUGAGAAAGACAAAAAGGGGGAGACAGGGGAAGUUAAAGAGUCUGUGAGACGAAGACCAUGGAGUGGAUGCUGGAUCGGUUUAAUGUUCGACGCCUUUGGGGGGGAGGGUGGCAGGGACGUUCCUCCGAGUCAAGCACAGAAAGACAGCCAAGAAGGUUCAGCCGAAGAUGAGGGUAUCGAAGUAAGCGCUAAUGCUAUUGCUGGAGUGGAAACAGGAAAUAAAACAUAGAAGGGAACUCUGGCAGUUUCUGGGCGCUCUCAGGACAUCGCUGGCCUUUCCCUCGCUUCCUCCGCAAAACAGCAACGGUGGUAGAAGACCAGGCCGGAGUCGAUGCGACAGAAAACGCAACAGAGAAGGGAGAGGAUGAGGCGAAGAAAGAAAAGCAGACUGAAGAGGGCAAGGAGCAGGGUGAGGAGGUGGGCGGGGACGAUGCGACCAAAGAAACGAGAAAGGAGGAAAGUGCAGAAGAACAGCAGGUUCAGGAUGACGAAGUUCCAACAAUUGCGCUGCCAUCAGAAGUCUCGCGAACAGCAGAGGGUGCAGCGCGACUUGACACUGCCAAGAAAACGAUGAGUGAAGAGACAACUCAGGAGGGACGGGACAGAGACGCAACGAGCUGCGGAGGAAUUUUUUCUGGUCGUUGGUUUAGGCUGGAAACUACUGGUGGAUACGUGCACGAAAUAAUCAAAACGGUGGAGCGCGUCUGUUUUGCGGUGGAAAUGGAAAGGGUAACAUGUGAGAUAAAAGACUAUGAGUUGUUAUGCCAA